AUGUGAGUGGAGGUGCCGGAAUAAGAACCGCGUCAGCCUUUUCUUCAUGUCGUCUCCUCGCGGGUCCUGACCGACGAGCCCACGAUGAGGCGCUACGUGUGGAGGUUCCUCGUGCCUCCUCUCCUCCUCUUCUCCCUCUUCGCUUAUGGUGGCUGGACAUGUCGGCGCUGCAGGGCAUCCUCCCAGGGACGCUGUGGUGCGGGAUGGGGGACCAGGCUGCCACCUACCACCAGCUGGGGCCUCGUCGACAGCUGGAUUCCUGCUGUCGGGCGCACGACCACUGCCCCAUCAAGCUAAGGCCCAUGAUGACGCGAUAUGGGUUGACGAAUUACGGGUUCAAGACCAUGUCCCACUGCUCCUGCGACCUGGAGUUCUAACCGCUUGCCUGAAGGCCCGCCGGGGACAGCGUGGCCACCAUGGUCGGCCAGGUGUACUUCAACUACCUCAAGAUGGAGUGCAUCGACGUCCCGAGUCCCAAAAGCUGUUAUUCUCCCUCCGUGACGAUAAGAACCAUCAACGUUUCCUUUCCCUCCGACACGGCAACAGUAGCUCCUCCUCCCCCACCUCCUCCCUCCUCCUCGACGUCGGGAACGAAGACGAGGGAUGCGCAGGAGAGGACGAAGAAUAAGAAGAAUAAGAAUAAGAGGAGGAGGAGGCCCAGGCUGUCCUGUCUCCGUCGGGAUGGUGAAGGGGGCUGUCGGUUCUGGCUGCCCAAUCCCAAGGGCUUCACGACGCGGCUGCAGAUUGUCAAGACGACGCUAAACUUUUAGAGGGAUGAGGCGGGUUUUUAGGAUUUAGCUUUUUAAUUAUUUAUCUAUUUAUCUAUAAUUAUUUUGUUAUUAUUAUUAUUAUUAUUAUCAUUAUUAUUAUUAUCCAUUAUUAUCACUACUAUUGUUGUUAUUAUCGCUAUUAUCAUCAUUAUUAUAGUGGUUGUUUUUAUUACGAUUACUAUUUGUACAGCCAUACCAAAUGCUAUAGAAGGGACACUUAAAUCCUUCCUUUAUUCUCACGCUACCGAGAAAAAAAAAUAGAAUGACAGGACACAUAGGCCUGUAAAAUUUGGAAUGAGAUUUGAACCUGAGACUGUAUUUUUAGGUUUUUAGAAGUCUGUGAUAGAAUUUUAUGAUUAGGACUAAUGCUGUGAACGCCUAGGUACCUUUUAAUGUAUUAUUUUUAUGCAUGUGUAUAGGCCUAGGUAAAAAGAAAAGUGUCGAAUUUUUAUGAUUGUUAUGAUUAGGACAAACGCUGUGAACGCCCAGGUACAAAAAAUCAUGUGUAUAGGCAUAGUUAAAAAAAGUCGAAUUUCAGCAUAAGCAUAAGAGAUGUGUUCUAUUUUUAAUGUGUAUAGGCCUAGGUAAAAAAGUUAAAUUUCAGCAUAAGCAUAAGAGAUGUGUUCUAUUUUUAAUGUGUAUAGGUCUAGGUAAAAAAAGUCAAAUUUCAGCAUAAGCAUAAGAGAUGUGUUCUAUUUUUGAUGUGUAUAGGCCUAGGUAAAAAAGUCAAAUUUCAGCAUAAGCAUAAGAGAUGUGUUCUAUUUUUAAUGUGUAUAGGUCUAGGUAAAAAAGUCAAAUUUCGACAUAGGCUUAGAAAUGUGUUCUAUUUUUAAUGUGUAUAGGCCUAGGUAAAAAAAAAAUAUCAACAUAGGCAAAAAUGUGUUCUAUUUUUAAUGCGUAUAGGCCUAGGUAAAAAAAAAAAA